CAUCCGUGCUAGCCAGCCAGCCUCUGAGAGUGUGAUUCAGUCAGACACGAUCCAGUGAUCCGGUCUAGUUUUCGCGAGUGAUUCAAGCUAAACUUUGCCAUGGCUUCUCGUCAGGAACGGGCUAGCUACCACGCCGGGGAGACCAAGGCCCGCACCGAGGAGAAGACGGGGCGCGUGAUGGGCACGGCGCAGGAGAAGGCGCGGGAGGCCAAGGACACGGCGUCCGACGCCGCGGGGCGCGCGGUGGGCAGGGGCCACGACGCCAAGGAGGCGACCAAGGAGAAGGCGUACGAGGCCAAGGACGCGGCCUCCGACGCCACGGGCCGCGCCAUGGACAAGGGCCGUGGCGCCGCGGGCGCCACCAGGGACAAGGCGUACGAGGCCAAGGACAGGGCGUCCGAGACGGCGCAGUCCGCUGCGGACCGCACCCGCGACGGCGCCGGGCAGACCGGGAGCUACAUUGGCCAGACCGCGGAGGCCGCCAAGCAGAAGGCGGCCGGCGCCGCGCAGUACGCCAAGGAGACCGCGAUCGCCGGCAAGGACAAGACCGGCGCGGUGCUUCAGCAGGCAGGGGAGCAGGUGAAGAGUGUGGCGGUGGGGGCGAAGGACGCGGUGAUGAACACGCUCGGGAUGUCCGGCGACAACAACGCCACCGCCGCCGGCAAGGACACCAGCACCUACAAGCCUGGGAAGGACUACCAGUAGUAGUACUUGUGUCAUCUUUGGCACUGAUCUUGCCUUUGCCGAGUGUAUGUGAUGUAUCCUCUUUUUAAGUUUCAGCUCCGACGUGUUCGGUGUUGCACUUUGGUUUUUCAGUUGUGCUCAAACUGUUCAUGUUUCUGGUUCCGUGGAGGGCCAGUCUGGAGGUCAAUGUUUAGUUUGUUUUAACUUCUAAUAAUAAAGAUGGUUCAGAC